AUGGAGAAUGAGAAGGAGGCGGAGGAGAUUGUGAUUGGGCUAUCCAAUGGCCAGUCGAUACUGAUGAUACUCAUCAUCAGACUGACCAUCGACGGUGAUAAUGAUAAGGAAAAUGGCGAUGAUGAUGAAGAUAAUGAUGAGGAUGAGGAUGAUGAUGAUGAUGAUGACGACGGUAAUGACGAUAAUGAAGACGACGAGGAUGAUGAUGAUGAUGAUGGUGAUGAUGGUGAUGAUGUUGUAGAUAUAAAGGAGGAGGAGGGGGAGAAGAAGAAGAAGAAGGAGACGAAGAAGAAGAAGAAGAAGAAGAAGAAGAAGAAAAAGAAGAAGAAGAUCAUCACCGGUCACCAUAAUACAAUUACCGCAACCAUCACCACCACUGCCAUCACCCUCAUCAUUAUCACCAUUAUCAUUAUCACGACACCAUCAUGA